CAGCCGGGCUCAGGGCGGCCCCCUUUGGGCAGUGACAGAUGAGGUCCUUAGGUGGCUCAGAGGACCAUGCAACGAUUUGGUGCGCCUAGGGCGGGCCAUUGACUCUGUUUGAGAAGGUCUCCUUGGAGACGUGUCGCGGAGUCCAAUGGGAGUGCACCGACGUCCCGAGCAGAGAGAAACCCGGGGAGGCGAGAGCGCCUCCCCGCGCCGGUCCCAGAAGAGGAAGAGCCCGCGUUCUGGGAGGUCCCCGGGCAGAGACGCGCCUGCAGCUCCAGCCCUGCCUUAGGUUAUGAUGACGUCAGACAUUGCUAAAGACAGAACAACUCAUUUACUGAAGAAAAAGGGCAGUGUGUCUUCUCUAAGUAGUCAUGAGUUCAGGCGGAAGGAACCUCACGGCCGCCCCAAAGACUCUGUGAGUACAGUCUCUUAUAUGGAUGAACCUAGCCAGCGUGAAGAUGCCUCUCGCCUCAUAGUUCAGAUGGAAAAUACCUAUCAGUUGGGUCCUACCAAACAUUUUCCUGUGGUUAUCGUCGAUCACAUUCUGAAAGAUGUGUUAACUAACUACCUACAAGAAGAACGAUAUGAACCAGAGUUCUGUAAACAGAUGACCAAGACGAUUUCUGAGGUUAUUAAAGCCCAGGUCAAGGACUUGAUGAUUCCACGGUAUAAGCUAAUUGUGGUGGUUCAUAUUGGACAACUGAAUAGCCAGAGCCUACUCAUUGCAAGCAGAUGCCUCUGGGAUCCUAAAAAUGAUAAUUUUUCGUCAUACAUUUUCAGAAAUUCUUCUCUCUUUGCCCUUGCAAAUGUCUAUUCAGUUUACUUGGAGUGAUGAAAAACCAGACAUCUAGUCCUUACUUUUUUAAUCAAGAAAUAGACUGUAUCUAUGUACACGAGUUUCACUGCUCAAGUGUUUGAGAAAGAAACAACACUAAUAUUUCAAACAACUGGAAGCUUUGGGACUUUUUCAUACUCUUGUCAGAAUUGGUGAAGGGAAAGUGGCACGAGAAAGAAUUUUGUUUAUCCAAAGAAGGAACUAAGUCUUUGUUCUGCUGGAUUGUUUUUCAUAGACAUAGAUUCUUAUUAAAUAUUACUUUGGGUACUAAUUAUUUUAAUUACUCUUUAGUUGGAGAGUUGGAAUUCCAUGCUUUUUGUUUGUUUGUUUUUGUUUUUAUCUUUUUAGGGCCAU